AUGAGGAGAGGCAACCAUCGGCGAUUGGAGAAGCUAACCAACGAACGCGCAGACGGAAGACUGGAAGGUAAGACUGCGUACUUCGUCCACUUACUCUCCAUGCCUACCUACAGUGCCUGUGGCCGUUACCGGCCGACCAAAGAUGGAGCUGUCGAAUGAGGAGAGCCAACCAUCGACUAUUGGAGAAGCUAACCAACGAACGCGCAGACGGAAGACUGGAAGGCAAGACUCUGUACUUCGUCCACUUACUCUCCAUGCCUACCUACAGUGCCUGUGGCUGUUACCGGCCGGUCAAAGAGGGAGCUGUCGAAUGAUGUGAGCCAACCAUCGACGAUUGGAGAAAUUAACCAACGAAGGCACAGACGGAAGACUGGAAGGUAAGACUCUGUACUUUGUCCACUUACUCUCCAUGCCUACCUACAGUGCCUGUGGCCGUUACCGGCCGGUCAAAGAGGGAGCUGUCGAUUGAGGAGAGCCAACCAUCGACGAUUGGAGAAGCUAACCAGCGAACGCGCAGACGGAAGACUCGACAGUAUGACUGUGUACUUCGUCCACUUACUCUCCAUGCCUACGUACAGUGCCUGUGGCCGUUACCGGCCGGUCAAAGAGGGAGCUGUCGAAUGA